UACAUUACGCCCCACCCACACACCACAUAAAAGCCCUCUCCCUCUCUCUGCUACCUCCCAUCUCCUUUGUUCAUUGAUUUAGCUCUCGCCCCAAGCUUUGCGGGAAAUCUCAACCCUCUCUGAGGUUGUUUCGGUUCCUGCCAGGAGAUGGCCUGCUUGAUUGCCCGUCGACGGCGGCUGCUCCUGCUUCGGGCCUCUAUUUUGGCUGUUUUUCUCGCCGGAUUCGCCUUCCCCUCGGUCUCAGCCGUCUCGUACAGAAGGCCGCGCCGCCGCCCCGACCUACACGUCGCUCGACGGUUGGACGAAAACGAUUCCACUCCUCAGCAGGUCCAUAUAUCAAUGGUGGGCUCAGAUAAAAUGAGGAUAUCCUGGAUAACGGACGACCCAACUCCGGCGACUGUGGAUUACGGCACUGCUUCCGGUAAUUACGCCAACUCCUCCACCGGAACCACCUCUUCCUACCGUUACAUGCUCUACAACUCCGGCCAAAUUCACGACGUCGUCAUCGGUCCGCUCCAGCCCAACACGGUUUAUUACUACCGCUGCGGCGGAAACGCCGGCCGCCAGUUCAACUUCAAGACAGCUCCACCUACUUUCCCGAUCAAAUUCGCCAUUGUUGGGGAUCUCGGGCAGACCGAACACACGAACUCGACGCUGCAACACAUCUCCCAAUCAAGUUACGACAUGUUGCUGCUCCCCGGCGACUUGUCGUACGCCGAUUUCUGGCAGCCGCGGUGGGACUCGUUCGGCCGGAUGGUGGAGCCACUUGCAAGCCAGAGGCCGUGGAUGGUAACCCAAGGGAACCACGAGGUGGAGAGGAUCCCGGUCGUCCACUCCAGUUCGUUCACAGCCUACAACGCACGGUGGCGGAUGCCGUUCGAGGAGAGCGGGUCCACGUCCAACCUCUACUACUCCUUCGAUGUGGCGGGGGCCCACGUGGUCAUGCUGGGCUCGUACACGGACUUUGGCCCAUCUUCGGCCCAGUACAAGUGGCUGCAGUCGGAUAUGGCCAAGGUGGACCGGAGUAAGACUCCGUGGAUCCUGGCUCUGAUCCACGCCCCUUGGUACAACACCAACACGGCCCAUCAAGGAGAAUCCGAAUCUGUGGACAUGAAGCGAGACAUGGAAAGCCUGCUCUAUAAUGCUCGCGUGGAUGUAGUUUUUGCCGGCCACGUCCACGCCUACGAGCGCUUUGUAAGUCUUGUCUUUCCUAACUCCCUUGUGAAAAAUAACAUCAGUAAAGAUAAGGCGGAUGAUUGUGGUCCGGUGCAUAUCACCAUUGGGGAUGGUGGCAACCGUGAAGGUCUUGCUACAAAAUUUAGGAACACAGGAGGAGAGAAGAUUUCAGUAUUUAGAGAGGCGAGCUUCGGGCAUGGGGAAUUAGAGGUGGUGAAUGCCACACACGCGCAGUGGACAUGGCAUAGAAAUGAUGAUGGUGAAAGCGUUUGCAGUGAUGCAGUUUGGCUUACAAGCCUUUCCUCUCUUACUAGUUGCAAAGCCUAGUCUCGUUGGUUGAUUUUAUUUUCUGUUAUCGUUAAGUUGAAGUCAAAUAUCUCAUAUUAUAUUUACUUAUUUAGAGAAUUGUAAUUGAGAUAAAUUCAUAGUCAUACAAAUCAAGAUUCUGUAGACUCCAUGGAAUGUGAAGUUAGGUGACUUUGGGUGGAAAUAUUUGGAUUUGCCAUUUGGAAUUGAAAAUCAUAAAUACAAAAUCAUUUGUAA